AUCCAAGGGCAGGCCUGCAGUUUUCUAUUGGUGUGUUAUAAACAUGGAGGCGGAUCUUGCCCGAGCACCUCUGGUCAAAAACAAGUACCGUGUACUGUAGCAACUGGAGGACGAGCUGAGUUGUUUUAAAAAAAUACUACUCAUUUACUAUUAUUUAAAAAUGAGGAGAAUUACUGCUACAAAUGGACGGGUUUAGAUAGCAUUCAGGGCACCCUAUGCUGAUCCGAGUCAGUAGGAGGUGAUGAAUCCCCCAGCUGAGAUGUCCCCUCCCACCGCCCCUGUCGCCACAGAGACACGGAGCAUGACCUCUGACCCGUCCCACCUCGGAACUCUGGGAAGUAAUGUCCGCCUGAAGGCAGCCACACCUAACAGCACAGGUUGUACCUGGCUGGUUGUCCUAGCAGCGAUAGCUGCAUCUCUCAGUGGCUUGAUGUUGGGCUAUGAAUUAGGCCUGACUUCCGGGGUCCUGCUCCAGCUAAGGGGUAUCCUCUCUCUGUCAUGCCGGGAACAGGAGCUCCUGGUGGGGUCUCUGCUGCUGGGCUGUCUGGUGAUCUCCAUUGUUGGAGGCUGGGGCCUGGACCGCUACGGACGCCGCUGGUCCAUGCUUCUGUCCGGAGGCCUGGUGGCUGGAGGUACCAUGCUACUACUGCUCCCGGCCUCGCUCACCACGCUGUCCCUCGGCCGCGCCGUGGUUGGCAUGGGGACAGCGUUGUCGGGUACGGCGGCGUGCAUGUACAUAGCGGAGAUUGCGCCACGGGAGCGCCGUGGGUUGUUAGUGACACUGUACGAGCUGAUGGUGGUUGUCGGGGUUUUGCUAGGUUUCGGGUGUAGCUACGCAUUCUCUGCGCUGCCUAAUGGGUGGAGAUACACCUUCGGUCUUGUCCUCCCACCAGCCGUUCUACAGGCUGCUGCCCUCGUCCUCCUCCCACCCAGCCCGCGCUUCCUCGUUGCCAGGGGCGACUCGGCGCGGGCCAAGGAGGUGCUGGUCCGUCUGAGGGGUGUGGCCAGCAGGGAGACCGUGGAGGAGGAGCUACGGGGCAUCCAGGCGGGGCUUAAGGAGGAAGCGGAGCACGGUUUCCGAGAGCUGUUCAGCGACAAGGCUAACCUGCGUCGGCGAUUGCUAACGGGCGUGGCUCUAGUGUUCCUGCAGCAGACUACGGGUCAGCCAAACCUCCUCUCGUACGCCUCGCCGCUACUACGCAGCGUGGGUUUCCAUAGCGACGCCGCCGCCAACCUCGCCUCUACGGGCUUCGGCGUAGUGAAAGUGGUGGGGACUGUACCUGCCGUCCUAUUGGUCGACAGGGUCGGGCCCAAGAGCUUCCUGUGUGUCGGUGCGGUCGCCAUGGGGAUGUCGCUGGUGACACUAGGGGCGGUGACCUUGCAGAGCCACACCCAUCUCACCAGCCUAUGCCAGAGCCCUGUGGGGCUGAACCACACCUACCAGGGACAGGACUUAAACACUCCUUCCUCCGGAUUGGACUAUAGCUCUUUUAAAUUAAUCACGCCCCCUCCUGGUGAGAGCCAAUGGAAUGGCAGUGACUCUGCGGAGGCUCUGGGGACUAAGAGAGAGGAUGCUGGGAUGGGGUCAGGGGUUAGGGGUCAGGGUCACGUGAAGUGGAUCUCACUUGUCAGCCUUCUGGUGUAUGUAGCUGCUUUCUCCUUCAGCCUCGGACCAAUGGUGUAUGUGGUGCUGAGUGAGAUCUUCCCUACAGGGGUCAGAGGUAAAGCCGUGUCUGUCGUGUCGGCUGUCAACUGGGCCACCAACCUCCUCAUGUCCAUGACCUUCCUCUCUGCCACAGAGAGGAUUGGUGUUCCCAACGUGAUGUUCCUGUACGCCACCAUAAGCUUCAUCCUGCUGGUCUUCGUCAUCCUCUUCAUCCCAGAGACUCAGGGACGCACACUGGAACAGAUCUCUAAAGAACUGGCCAAGAAAAAGCAGCUGAAGGUGAGGUUCUGGCGUCGAGUGCAACCCCAGGAGACUCUCUUCACCAUUCACAGGACCCCUGAACUCUCAACUCUGAACCCUCACCCUCUCACCUAGCUGUCCACAGCAGAGGGACGAAGAUCUGGGAGGAGAGAGGAAAUGCGAGAAAUGGAGAGGAGGGAGGCCGAGAAAGGAGGAGGAGAGAGGUAGAAGAGGGAUGAUAGAAGGAGAACAACCAUAUGACUAUGAGAUCACUUUAUUCUCCCUCGCUCGCUCCCUUCCUCCUUCCCUCCCCCCUAUUGAGAGAGCAGCCCUGAGGCUCAGAUGGAACUCUGAGAUCUGUCUGUCCUCUGGAUUGCUAACCUGUCUGUCUGUUUCUACCUGUUUGUAACACUUUCUGUUUUCAAACAGAAUACACAGGAUUUUAUCUUGGGGGGUAAAAAAAUAAGCAAUUUUCUGUAUGACCCCGAAUUUAUUCAAACAGGGACUGUUUCAAGUUAGGGAUGUGUUAAACAAUAGACGUGUUAAUGAAUUUACCGUGGGGGAAAAACACCUCCAUUCACCACAGUUUGAUAUUGGGACACAUGGUCUCGAGCUGGGUCAAAAUGUGUCAAAUUAUAUACCAUGUAUUUGACCCACUACCACUUUCACACACCGUUACAAGAAAGAAUGUGACAAAAUGUAUCAAAUAAGGGGUUUUGUCUCUGUGUAAAUGGGGUUUAAAGGUGCUGUUUCCACUGUUAUUCAGACCCCUUGACUUUUUCCACAUUUUGUUAGGUUACAGCCUUAUUCUGAAAUUGAUUAAAUUGUUUUUAGCCCUCUCA